AUGGGUUCAUCAUAUGUUUUCUGUAGGGGGAUAGACGUCGAUACUCGGGCCUAUUUUACUGCAGUUACGAUAAUUAUUGCGGUCCCUACUGAAAAGACAUUUCAUCCGUUUCAUAUUGUUACAAUCUCUCCACGGCGUCUAUUAAUAGAAUUUUUUGUAAUAUCGGGAGUUAUUGCAAUAGUAAAAAUUGGCAUUUGGAUGAUGAUGAGAUCAUUUUUUCAUUCAAGAUUAAAUCCUACUGUGGAAUUAGGGGUAGUGUGGCUUUCUCAAAGUAUUAAGGCUUUUAGUCCAUUUCAGGUGCUUUUAUUUAAUAAUGUUAUUUUAUUGGCAUCUGGAGUAUCCGUUACUAGAGCUCGUCAGUCUAUUUUAAAUGAGAAUUAAAAAAUUGCAAAUCAUUCUUUAAAUAUUAAAAGUAAUAUUAAGAGUAUAUUUUUUAGCGUUGAGUAGUAUAUAGCAGAGUUUAGAAUUUCUGACUCGAUUUUUGGUGUCUUUUUUAUUGCAACUGGUUUUCAUGGAUUUCAUGUAAUUAUAGGAAGUCUGUUCAUAUCAAAUUAUUCUUUAAUGCUAACCUGAAUAUUAGGAGUUUAUUUUUUAGCAUUGCAGCGAUUGUAUUAUUAUAUAGCAGAGUUUAGAAUUUCUGAUCCCGUGUUUGGUUCAGUCUUUUUUAUAGCAACUGGUUUUCGUGGAUUUCAUGGGAUUGUAGGAAGUCUAUUCUUAUUUGUUAUGUGA